CGGGCGCUGAGCGCGGCGGAGGAGAUGCGCCCGGGCGCCGCCGCCGCCGCCUCCUCUCUGGCUGCCCGGGAGGGACGAGCGGGCGCGCCAGCCGCGGGGCGCCCGUGGGAGGCCGAGCAGAGGCGGCGGAGCCGGGUCCGCCGGCGGUGUCGGCCAUGAAGAAGCAGCCCUCGGCCGGGAGGGCUGCGGAGCCGGCGCCGCCCCAGCAGAGGAGCAGAGUCGUCGCCAAGCUGGCGGAGUACGUGGGCUCGUUCGCUGUGGAGGACGUGGAACUUCAGCGGAAGGCGCAGGCGAUCCGGCAGCAGCUCCAGUGCUUGAAGGAAUGCCCCAGACGGCGGCCGGUCAUCCUGAAGUUCUGCCUGCAGGGCCUGAAAAUGUACAGCACGGAGGGCGAGGUUCUUCUCAUGGCCCAUGCACUGAAGCGCAUUCUCUACAGCACCUGGAGCUCCUCCAGCUGCCAGUUCGCCUUCGUGGCUCGUAACCCAUCUGGCCCUCCUGGGAAGCUCUUCUGCCACCUGUUUGUGGGCAGUGAGUGCAGUGAGGUCCAAACGCUGCAUUUGCUGCUCUGCCGCUCAUUCCAGCUCUAUUACCUCUUGAUGCACCCCGAGGAGCAGGAGUGGCCCCCCAGCGGCCCUGCUCCACGGGAGCCGGGAAGGCUGCUGGGAGCCUCUCCCGAGAGUCGAGUGGUCUGGGAGUCUCUCGGCCCAGAGGAAGUGUCGCAGAACGUCAACGCCUUGGUGUCGUUCCGCAGGCUGCCCUGCCCAGCUGACUUUGGCUCCUCUGUCAGUGUGAGAGAGAGGCUGGAUUUGGAGGAAAGGAGCAGCUUGGGCAGCUCUCGGCCUGGGAACCCUUACUGUUCCCCGAUCCUGGUGCGCAAGAAGGCCAUUCGCAGCAAAGUUCUCCGCUCCGGAGCCUAUCGGGGUUGCACCUUUGAAGCUCAGUUGCAGCAAUGUGCUCGGGAAAUGUUUCACACCAGCUGCGAUGGCAAGGUGAGCAGAGGCAGCCUGGCUUACUUGCCUGACAGCGAGAGCAGCUUGAUGGAAAACGUUUGGUCUUUUGCUGGGAUUGACAGAGAUGCUGGAAUGGCAUUGCUCAGGAACGAUGUUCUGGGAGCCUUCCUUCUCUGGGCAGAGCCGGGUUCCUCCAGUCAGUGGUGUCUAAUGGUAAGGACACGGUGUGGAGUCGUUCCUUACCAGAUUUACAGGAGUCAGCUCGGAAAGUACUCUGUUGAGCACUUGAAUGUGGAGUUCCCCAGUAUGGAGGCGCUGCUGGAUCAUUACUCUGGGAUGAAAGGGGGCCUCUUCUGCUCCUUGGCUGCAGGCCGGGCAAACCAUUGUUAUGAGGAGCAAGACUACUUAGUCGAGAAUGGCUGGAGGGGAGAGCAGAGUCGUCGGCCAGCCUCGUGGUUAUUUGGGGCCAGUAAGUCUCUGGCUAUCCAGCCAGAACUGGGUUAAUGUUUGAUUCCUUGCUAAGCAUUUGCACCAUCUGCGCAGAAUUGUACAAACUGCUACUGGUAACCAACUGUAACACCUUUUCCUCUCUCUGGUCAGCCUUGUUGUUCUGAUAUGGUAUGGAUCUUCCAUGGAAUGGGCCCAGUCCCACCUUAGUAGAAUAUGAAUGUCCACAGCAAACUUGCUUGACCUUUUUGGCCAAAGGCUUCUAGCAUACCAACACCUCUGGGCAGUAAGGUCAAUGCCCUCUUCACAGUUCUAGUAAAUCAGGGAAAGAUAUCACGUAGAUGGUCCCAUCACCGUUUAAUCUCUUUUCAGUGACAAUAAUCCUCAAAACUUGAGGUUAUAGUAAGCAUGUUGCUCUCAACCAGUCUUGCAUUUGCCUUUAAGUCCUACCUUUAUAUUUUUAGAAGGAGUAUGGGAGGGGACAAUAGAACACAAUCUGUAAAUAAAAUUGUGUUGGAGCCUCAGUUUUAGAAGAGUGACCUGGUUAAGUGUCUUGCAGAAAAACAACACAAGUCUUGUGGCACCUUAGAGAUUUGUAAUGUGUCUGUUAGUUUCAAGACUUCCUUUUGCAGGGGUGGGGGCCAAGGUGUAUUCAGGACAAGUGCAAAAAAUGUUUUUCCCUGUACAGCUCUGCCUCUCGCAGUCCAUGGAAGAGAUUAAGGUACAGGCCUUUGUUCCAAAGCGUGCUUCCCCCACCCCUGAAAUAUUUGUGGCUUAUCUUCCUUUGCCUUUGUGAGGCUGAUAUGUGCCUGCCUGCUGUCAGACAUAUUUGAAAGUAAUUUUAAGAAUAUGUGAGCAUGAUUAUAUUUAUUAGCAGUGUUGUGAUACUGCUAUUUAAAAUAUAUAAAUAUAUUUUAUUUAUUUAUUUAUUUAUUUAUAGCCUGCCUUUCUCACAAGAGACUCAAGGUGGAUUAGAUAGUGUCAAAUCACGCAAUAGGGCUAGGAUCACAAACAUUAGAAACAAUGCAAAGCAAUGCAAGGAAGUAUCAGGUGUUGUAUGUCAUAAACAAUGCAAAAGGGCGUGGGAUCGUAAAAAGGAGAAAGCGAUGCAGCGAGAGCGAGACCCUACGUGCCAGGGGAGUGCCUCUGCUCUGGUGUUCUCCAUCCAGCCUUUCUAAAAUGCCCUCCUGCCCACUCCCCCCCCCCCCUUGGGCAGAGGCCCCUGGCCUGCGGGGAGGCUCUGGAGGUCCCAUUUCUGCACUGCAAACAGACGUUCCCCAUAUACAGGGGUGUGUGUGUGUGUGUAGA